GGAUGCCAAACUGGGGAGGAGGAAAGAAGUGUGGCGUGUGCCAGAAGGCUGUCUACUUCGCCGAGGAGGUGCAAUGUGAAGGCAGCAGCUUCCACAAGUCCUGCUUCUUGUGCAUGGUCUGUAAGAAGAACUUGGACAGCACCACUGUUGCUGUGCACGGUGAGGAGAUCUACUGCAAGUCCUGCUACGGCAAGAAGUACGGCCCCAAGGGCUAUGGAUACGGGCAGGGAGCAGGGACCCUGAGCACUGACAGGGGCGAGUCUCUGGGAAUCAAAUAUGAAGAGGGCCAGCCCCACCGACCCACCAACCCUAAUGCAUCCAGAAUGGCCCAGAAAGUCGGAGGUGCUGAUGGGUGCCCUCGCUGUGGUCAAGCGGUGUAUGCAGCUGAGAAGGUGAUUGGAGCUGGAAAGUCCUGGCACAAGUCCUGCUUCCGCUGUGCCAAGUGUGGCAAAAGCCUGGAGUCCACCACCCUGGCAGACAAAGAUGGGGAGAUCUACUGCAAAGGUUGCUACGCCAAGAACUUCGGUCCCAAGGGCUUUGGCUUUGGGCAGGGCGCCGGGGCACUCGUCCACUCGCAGUGAGGCACCAGGAGCCAGGCUCUCCGCUCGCUCAGGGCUUGUCCAGACCAGCUGUACUGCCUGACCCUUCCCACACCCGCAGUGACCAUCCUCACCAUCAUCAAUAACCACCCGCUGCUUCACAGCACGAGCCCCUUCCUCCCUGCCCUGACCCAGCGCACCCCGAAGCUGUGGUGGGAGUCCCAGCAUCGUCCCCAUCGGGUCC